CAGGGCAUUAUACUUGUAUACGAUAUAACCCAGGAGAAGAUAUUUGAAAACAUUUCAAAGUGGCUACGGAACAUAGAAGAGGUACAGUUAAGGCUCUCAUAACCUUGGCAAUCCAUAAGACUUUUCGUUCUCGUUUCAUUUUUUUGUUUCAUUCCAUUGUAAGAAGUACAAGAAAUAUCACAAAUUUCAUUUUCCUAUUCCCAACAUACGAAAGAAAUAAUAUAACUAAACUCUAAGAAUUUGAUGGAAAAAAAAAAAAAGAAAUUAUUUGGGGUUCCCUUAAAGAGUAUCAAAUUAAAGACACUUCCGCGGAGCAAUUUGCAAACAAUGAUCUCAGUCGAAUCUACAGGAAAAAUUACUCGUUUUUUCGCCUAAAUGGGGGAAAGUUAUCAAUAAUGCUCGUUUUUCUAAGCAUUUCAUCUUUUCGUACCACAUGAAUUUUGUCAAUCGACUAACAAUCCCAUGAUCAUCUUUAGUAAUUGUAAACCGGCGUUUAAAAAUGUGGGUCGGAAGACUCAUGUACUAUUUGCAUAAGGCUACAUAAAUGAGUUAAGUUAAGUCGAUAAUAAGGGCUACAAUAGGUAGAUUUUAUAACAUAGCACUUAACAAUAUUGCACAAACAUCUCAAGCUUGAUAUAGCUCACCGUCAUUGUUUGAUAGCUUGCCAUCACUGAUGAAAUCUAGGUCUUCUUCCAGUUUCAAAACACUUCUUUUACAACAAAUUUCAAUUCUUUCUUCUUUUGACGGUCUUGUCAUAUAAAUUAGAUCGUCUCAACCGAAACACGCACACUGCCAAAUAGGUCUCCAGUGUUCUUCUUGAUAACUCUCAGCUCCAGAAGUACAAAAUAUAAGACUUAAUUGGCCAAAACUGGUCUCUGUGAGAGCCAUCGUCUUUCAGGGUUGCUUCGGUCCUGUGGGCGUUCUUGACGUUUGGUUGCAGUUGAAGAUCUUUCUACAAUAGAGUGUAACCCGGAGCUUUGCUUGCAGUACAAUUUUCGCUUGUAGAAGCUGGCACAUUAUAGAAUCUCAGCUUGCAAUCACUAUGAAUAUCUCUCUGGUGAUAACAACCUCACUAGUUUUCUUAUCUUUACUUUCAAACUGUAUGUUUCAAAAUCAUGUUAGAAAUGUCUUUAUCCACCCUCGAGUAUGGUCAAUUAUCAGAUCCUGAUAGAUGAGAGGUAGAUCCUAGAAAGCUUUAUUUUGUAAAAAGUUAAACAUGCCCCUUCGAAAAGCAUGAAGUGAGACAGAGAAAGGAAGGACAGAAUCGCCAGCUCAGCGAUAAAACCCAGUUCGAAAACAGCUGCACAUUUUAUUCCCUCGCCGAACUCAAAUAACUCCGUAUGUACGACAUCACAAGGUCACCCCUUAGUACCACAGGAUACCCAAGUACCACAUAGGGAGUUGCGUUGUCCAAACGUCAAACGCAAUAAAACCUAAGUGUUGCAAAUUUUAUUUAUUCUGUCAAGCACACAAUUGUUUUUAUGGGACAGAGAAAGUCUUCAGAUCACCCUUUAAUUCUUUUUCCCCACUCUAUUUUAGCAUGCAAAUGAAGAUGCAGAAAAGAUGAUCCUUGGUAGCAGAUGUCAUAUGGAAGAUAGAAGAAUUGUCAGCAAGGAAAACGGGGAGCAGGUGAGUUGACUGAAGUGUAAGACACUUCACAGUAGGUUCACCAAAUCAGAUGCAACAAAUCUGUGGUCUCCUAAAUGGUAAUCUUGGGCUUUCUGGAGGAAAAAGGGGUAGAGUGAAACCUGGUUACAGGUAAAUACCAUCAUCAUUAUCAUAAUCACUGUUUGCCCUUGUUGAGAACAGGACCAGCAAUCAAGUUGUUUCAACACAUUUACUUCUUCGCUGCAUUUUCUGAAUCUCAGGCACAUUCCCCUUGUUUCUUUUUCCAGUCCUGGCCCCAGUUAUUCAAAAGGUGGGUAACGCAAUCCACCGGCUAAAUCUCUAACCAGUGGAUAACGCAAUUGGUUUCCCUUUACUACUUAUCCACUGGAUAGCGCUAUAUCCACCUUUUACAGCAACUGGGGCCUGGACAUUGCCAUGUCUUUGUUAACCCUUAUUGCACUUACCUGUGGGUGCCAAUGUCAGUUGUGAUGUUGGGAUAAUAAGCAGAUGCCAUUCGUAGAAACCUUAAUAAAGUACGACAAUAUAUAGUAAUGAAAAUGUGGAGACAAGUCUUAAUAGCUGUUUUUUUCUUUGCUUCCUUUUUUGCUUUAGUUGGCUAAAGAGCACGGUGCCCAGUUCUUUGAAGUAAGUGCCGAAGAGAAUAUCAGCAUCAAGGAAGCCUUAUACAACCUAGCUGAAAAAAUGCUCGAGAAGAAACUGUCCACGGACAAUGAGGAAACUUCUCAAAACAUUCGCGUCAGUGAUACCGAAGAGAAAAAGGGGAGGUGCUAUUAA